AUGAAUAAUUUGGAUAGUUGUGGCCAAGCAUCCUCCAAAUUGGAGAAAGAAACAUCCAAUUUAGCCUUGUUAAAAGAUAGAGUAGAGAAAUAUCAUGAUUUGUCGACGCAAAUGUCAAGUAUUUUAACUGUUUUCGAGCAACGCCUCGGAAAAUUGGAGCAGACAAUACUGCCAGUAUAUAAGGAGACAGAGCAGCUUCAAAAACGACAACAGAAUUUGGAAGCAACUUUAGUGUGUCUUGAAACAGUACUUGCCCACUAUGAUAUUUCCCAGGAAGUGUGCAAUCUUAUUCACCAAGGGCCGAUAGAAGGAAACGUUAAUGGUUUUCUUGAAGCUUUGGGCAAAUUGCGCGCUGCAAUGGACUACUUCCUGCACCAUAACUCUCAAAGCGUUGAAUUGGAAAAUGUGACCAGUCUUUUCAAUACUGGCUGUGAAGGCUUAAACCAACAUUUUCGUUUGUUACUGAAGAAACAUAGCUCGCCACUUAAACCGGUUGAACUCUUAGAUCUUAUUUAUAUUGAAGAUGACUCCAGCGAUGAGUAUACCUCCUUCCGCCAAUUGUCGCAAAACACGCGAGAGGAGCUAGGUACCAUUGCCCAUUGGCUGGAACAAAACUUGCGGCGCGAAUAUGCAGUAAUUUAUGCCACAGAAAGAGGAGAGGUGGUACUGCGUUCACUCCAAAAUUUAAAGGAUCAUCAAAAAAGCAGCAGUUGGGGAAAUGAGGCUUUGAAACCACGUCACAGUGGACGACCUGAAGUAAAGAAGAAUACGUCAGCCCGGUUGCAACAAAUUUUUGAGCGAAAAGCAAAUAAAUUAUACUUGCGCGCAACUCAGACACUUGAACAAUCAACUGGAAUAUCCAUAAAAAAGGCUUCGUCGCAAUCUGAACACUUGUCUGCUGAGGAGUUCAUGGACGGUGAUCAAGAACUUGACAAGUACCUUGUGAUGCUCUUGGGCUUACAGCGACUACUUAAUUGGGAGCGCUCUUUAAUGACAGAGAUCGUGCCUGCAUCCAAACACGGAGAUGUUUUUUCAAAGUUAGCUUACAACUCUAUUGAACUGGUAGUUAAAGAUGCAGAAGCAAUUACAAACCGCAUUAUGCGUUGCAUAUCGCGAAAAGAGUGGACAUCAGCUUUAGGAAUAUUUUCGGCACUCAAACGUGUAAUCUUGCUUCAACCAGACAUUGAACGUACCUAUGACCCACAACAGCGAGAGCAACUUACAAAGGUGCUUAAUAAGCUUCAAGCAACGGGCGCUAAAGCACUAGAACAUUUCCUGGAUGUGGUGAAAGGUGAAUCAGGAACUAACAUAGUUGGCAUGAGUUCAAGUACACUUGGUUAUGGCUAUGUUAAUGUUCCGAAAGAUGCUACGGUGCACGAACUGACCUCCAACACAAUCUGGUUUAUAGAACAUUUAUAUGACCAUUAUGAUGUGAUUGGCUCUAUCUUGCAACAAGAUGUGCUUUACAGUACGCAAUUGGAUACAAUACUCAUGAAAAAAGCACUCCCUGGCGAAGAGCGUAAUAAAGCAUUGCUAGCAGUUUAUAUCAAAAAAGCUUUAGCGGAGCUUAAUCUUUCGAUAAUGAACAAAUGUGAGCAGUACAACGACCAAGCUACAAAACAUCUCUUUCGUUUAAACAAUAUUCAUUAUAUACUAAAAUCUCUACAACAGUCAAAUCUAAUUGAUUUGGUAACACUAGCAGAGCCAGAAUGUGAGCAAUGCUAUUUAGAUAUGAUUCGAGAACUAAAAUUCUCUUACCAAAAGACUUGGUCUAAAAUGCUUGUAAGCAUAGGAGUAGAUGAGUUGCCGCGGCCUUCACAUGGCAAGGUCAAAGAUAAAGAUCGCAGCAUAUUGAAGGAGCGAUUUUCAACGUUCAACAAGGAUUUCGAAGAGGCUUGUAAAGUUCAACGUGGUAUUUCCAUUCCAGACGUGAUUUUGAGGGAAGGUAUCAAACGUGACAAUGUGGAGCACAUACUUCCGAAAUACAAUAGAUUUUAUGAAAUGUAUGCAUCGGUGCAGUUCAGCAAAAAUCCAGAUAAAUAUGUAAAAUAUCGGCCGCAUGAAAUAAACCAAAUGCUAAGCAAACUUUUUGAUGAUUCAGCUUAAGUUAAAGUUAGUAACUCCAUUAUUAGUGAACAUGAGUUACGAACUUGUUCAUAUAUAGUUUAUUUUUAUUUUUUGUCAAAAAUAUGAUAUAAAAAAUCUAACAUAAAUACAAACACACUUUAUACUAUAUUUUAAACUAAACAUGAGUAUCACUAAAAUAAUAAAUAUUAUUCAAAACUGUUUGCAAAACAGUAGAAAGAAACAAAUUUAAAUAAAUAUAAAUGCAUAAA